UCCGCACCCGGAAGCACUUUCCCUCACACGUCAGCAGCCGGCGUGUGACAGCCGGUGGCGGUUUGGCUGCCUGGGCCUCUCUCCCGGCCCCGCUCCCUCUCCCUCCCUCCCCUGCAUGUUCUAUCGCUCCCUGCUGGUGGUAGCGGCUCGCCUCAGCCCUCGCGCUCGCUGCCUGCGAACCGCCGCCGCUCCUCGCCGCUGCCUCCUCCUCCUCAUGAAGCCGCUGGUUGUGUUCGUCCUGGGCGGGCCCGGAGCUGGCAAGGGGACCCAGUGCGCCCGCAUCGUGGAGAAAUAUGGGUACACUCACCUUUCUGCAGGCGAUCUCCUUCGAGAUGAACGAAAAAGACCAGGCUCUCAGUAUGGAGAACUAAUUGAAAAAUAUAUUAAGGAGGGAGCAAUCGUACCAGUUGAGAUUACUAUCAGCUUGUUGAAGAGGGCUAUGGAUCAAACAAUAGCUGCCAAUGUCGAAAAGUACAAAUUCUUGAUUGAUGGAUUCCCCAGAAAUGAAGACAAUCUUCAAGGCUGGAAUAAGACUAUGGAUGGAAAGGCAGAUGUGUCUUUUGUUCUGUUUUUCGACUGUGACAACGAGAUAUGUAUUGACCGCUGCCUUGAAAGAGGAAAGAGCAGUGGUAGGAGUGAUGAUAACCGAGAGAGUCUAGAAAAGAGACUUCACACAUACCUGCAGUCAACUAAGCCCAUAAUAGACCAAUAUGAGAAAAUGGGAAAAGUCAGAAAAGUGGAUGCCUCUAAAUCUGUUGAUGAAGUUUUUGGUAAGGUUAUGAAAAUUUUUGACACAGAAGGCUAGUUCCAUUCUUGAAAGUUCCCUUGAAAUUGUGCUUGAAUCUUGGUUUAAUAGCUGCUACUAAAUUCAACACUUUUGUAAUCAUUUUAAAGGUUUUUUAAAAUGUUUCUUGUAUUCAUGGAUAGUUGGAAAAGUAAUUAAUUGAAAAUUAAAUUGUUUUUAAAUAGGAAUGGAUUCACUUAUUGUGGCUAUAGUAGACAAUACAUUUCAGGAUUCUUCUCUAACUUAGUUCAGUUACUUACAAAAUAAAGAUAGUAGUCAAAAUCAAUCUGGAGAGACUAUCAAUCCUUUUACAGUUUGUGCCAUUCAUGUGCACCCCAUCUUAUUUCUUAUUGCCAUAAAUCUGUUUUUAACAGUCCAGUAAAUAGCAAUGUUAAGCGGCAGGGCCUACAUAUCUUUUUAUUUUUUUUAUUUUUUAUUUUUAAACAAAACUCUCUGCCUGUUUUUGGACCAAACUUAGGAAACUUUUUCCAAAUAAAAUUUUAUGCACCCGAUUGUUCUUUUAUCCCACAGCUGAAUUCUGUAAACAGAACUGUAAAAUUAGCAUGUGCAUUUGUUUUAGAACUUCUUGUCUAACUAAUUUAAUACAGUGUGAAGCUGUUAAUCAAUAGAUGUACAGAGUGCUUUGGUAAAGUGGUACUCUCUUACGACUCUGGGUGCAUACCAUGUGUAGUAACUUAUUGAGUACUUAGAGAAAAUGUACCCCCUUUGUGUAGUCCUCAUAUGCAAGGGGUUAAGAAUAGAAUUGCAGAGUCAGUUUAGUGUCUAUGCACUCACUUUGUGAUGGUAAUUAUGCUCUUAAGUAAAUGAAGUCCUUCGACAGUGACAAACCUCCAAGCAGAUGUGUAGUAAAACUAUUCUUUUAAGAGUUCUGUUUUUGUAACAAAUGAAAGGGCAUUUCUGUAUUAUUGAGUAUUGUAUUGUUGAAUACUUUAAGGUUUGUUUUAUAGGGAAAGAGAUUUUUAUGGUUAAACUUGUAGUUUCCCUAAAAUUGUAUAAUUUUAAUAGUUUGUUUUAAAAAGUUUUUUUUAAUUAUUGCACUUCGUUUGACCAGUUUGAAUUUUUUUAAAAAAAGUUUCAUUCCCUUAAACAAAUUAGUUCAUGCUUUAUUGCAUUAUCUUGAAUUAGUGCAGUUGUCAACAGUAAUAAUCGGAAUAAACAAGUGACUGUUUGGAACAAGCCAUCAUGCAUUUAAAUAUUGUACAGUUGUGAUAUAGUUAUGACUUUUUUUUGCUAAAUACCAUUUUUUCCACAAGCGUUAAUGUUCAUAGCCAUAUAUGGGUCCAAUCCUGCAUUCCUCACGCACCCAAAACUUUCAUUAAAGGACAUCCAGAAACCUGAGGAUGAGUAUUUUAACCUUUUUUUUUUUUUUUCCCGUUAUCCAUUAAGGUUAUUUUUGCUACAUCAGCUGCUGCUAUAAUUGGAUUUGAUACUCUAACAGACGUUGUGAUGUAUAGGGGGAAAUGGUUUUGAAUUUUUGGGCUUCAGCUCAUCAUUAAAUCCUACUUGGGGAAGUCACAAGUGAGUUAAUGGUAGUUUUGAUUUUCAAUUACAAAUACUUUGGUCCUGAUCCUGCACUUGGAUCUGCUCAGGCCAACUCUUGCAUGAGGCUCUGUUUACUUUACUGAGGCUUAUAAGACUGCGAGUUCAGAGUUUUUAAUAUGCAAUGGAACAUAGCCACUGCUAAAAGAGAUUUUUUUUCCCCCAACACAUUGGAUGUUUAAAGUCAGACUAUUGAGCACAAAUAGUAUAAAGUUUAGUAAUACAGAAAAUAUGCACCAUGCCUUGUUCCUGAGAAUUUGGAAGAGUUUCACAAAAUCCUUUAAAUGCGUUCACCUGAUUAAUUCUCCCCCACACCUUUUCAAAACUACUGAACGCUGUUUUCCGUGUCUAAAUGUGCUGACCUAAGACAGGAUGAAAUGGAACUACAGUUCUGAUAUAAAAGCUAAAAUCAAGACUCAAACACUUUUGUAGGCAGAUUGAAGAAAUCUCUCUGAAUAUAUAAAUAUUUAUUUUGGUGUUAUUUUAAUAAUAUUGGCUUUUAAGAGUUCUGCUAAGAAUAGAUACUCUAUUUCCUCUCAUCAUAUACCUUACUAUGUAUUGAAGAGCUGAAGCCAAAUAAGUAUCAGUUACUUAGGAAUAAGUUUAAAAGAAAAACUGUUUUAAAAACAAAAAAUGUUGGCAAUACUGAAUUUAGAGUAAAUUGUGCAUAUUGUCCUUUGAAUAAUUUUGUCCUUCUGUUUAUUGAAGAUGCGUUAAUGUGACACUUGGGUUUAUUCAAGAUGAGACAUAACUGAAAUUAAAUUAAAUAAAAAAAUAGAAGUAAUAUA